CGACUUUGGCUCAAGUGCGUCGACCUCCCAAAACUGUGUUCUCAUGGCACGCGACACGCCGCGCUGGCUUGGGACGAUCCCCAGCUUGGGCAACCUGUUGGGCCUCGAGGAGGUCUCUGGCUUCCAGGCGGGGGACUUUGUGGAUUACCACAGUGCCUCCGCAUCCUGGAUUCCAGCCAAGGUUUUGGCGCGGCGUGGUGACGGCUUGUACGACCUUGACUGCAAGACUGCGGUGGAACCGACAAAAGUUCGGGCAGCCACUUUUGCGAAGCCAGAGUUUGAGGUCGGCCAGGUUGUGGACUUUUACAGCGAGACGGGCCUGUGGCUCCCCGCGACUGUGACGAAGUACAACGCCGCGGCUGGCACGUACGACCUGGACUGCAGAUCCGCCGUUUUGCCCUCCAGGAUGCGCCAGCAGGCGCACACUCGUGUGCCAAGUCGGGAUGAUGACUUCAAGGAAGAUGGCGCUGAGAGCGGGCUGGCGGAGGAAGCCGGGGGCUCCUGCAGCAGCGUGUGCCGUCCUCACCCAGAGCAGGAUGGUCCUUUGCAGCUCGUCCGGGUCACACGACGAGGUGCUGGUUGGCACUUCGAGCUUUGUGAAGAUGCCCUGAAGGCGCUGGAAUCUCUUGGCCAACGAUCUAUAUCGGUUUGUACAGUUUGCGGGCCUUACCGCACUGGCAAGAGCUACUUGCUGAACCUGCUCCUGGGGCGCGUCCAGAAGGGCUACAGUCGAUUCCGUGUGGGGUCCACCACCCGAGCUUGUACAGAUGGGCUGUGGAUGUGGGGAUUUGGCGAUACACCAGGAGAAGGCACCAGCCUGCUAUUUUUGGACUGUGAGGGCUUUGGCAGCACGGACUCCGACAAGACCAGAGAUGCCAAGCUCAUGUCCCUUUGCAUGUUGUUAUCUUCCGUCUUUUUGCUCAACACCAAGGGUGUCCUGAGCGAAAGCUUAUUCAACGCGCUGUCGCUGGUCUGCUCCAUGGCGGAGCAUGUGGAGGAUCAGGAGACCAGCAAGCCGGCGCUGAUGUGGUUAUUGAGAGAUUUCCUUCUCGAGCUGGUGGACGAAGAGGGUCGAAGGAUAACGCCCGAUGAGUAUCUCGAGUCCUGUCUUCGAAAGACGCCCACGGGGGCGGACACACAGCGAUCCCAAGCUGCUAGAGAGGUUCGAGAGACGUUGUUGAGGUGUUUCCCGCGACGGCAGUGUGCAACUCUAUGUCAGCCAGUCAUUGAGGAGGAGCAACUGCGGCAGCUAUCUGAGGUACCCUUUGAGCAGCUGCGUGUGGACUUUCAAAGAGCCUUCCAGGACCUUCAGAGCCAGCUGCUUCGCCUUUCCAAGACGCAUCCCAAGACCAUCCAAGGCAAGCCUGUUUGUGCCGCGGAUUGGGCGGCGAUGCUGCGGAAGCUGGUGAGAGCACUCAACGAAGGACACGCCAUGAACGUUGGCAAUGCGUGGACCCAGGUGCAGCACACCGCCUGCGAGGACCUCGCCCUGGAGCUGCGGGCCUCCUGCGCGCAGCAGCUCCGACAGGUCAAGGAAACCGCGGCGCUGGGCAAGCCCUUGCCCCUGGCGGAUGAGACCCUGGCGGCGAGUCUCAAGGAGUGCCGCAGAGCCCUGCGGGCAGAAUGGCUGAACCGCGCCGUGGGCGAUGACGAGGUCAAAGCCGAGCAUUGGAAGGAUUUGAAGGCGGCCAUCAAAGAUGACGAGAAGGCGGUGGAGAUACUCAACGCAGAGCUGGCUGAAGCGCAGUUGCAGCCAGCAGGUGCUGAUUGGUCCGCCUGGCUGGCGGAGGACACCGUGGCGGCCACCGAUCCGCGCUCGGAGGCGCUGCUGCAAUCCCUGGACCUCCCAUCGAAGCCAGUGGUCCGAGCGCUUCAAGAGGCGGUGGCCACCGCUCGCAUCGCUCGCCUCAAGUGGGAGGGCACCAGAGAUGCCUUGAAGGCUCAGUUGAAGCUUGCCACGGACGAGCUGGAGAGUAAGGCGGCACUGGCAGCGACCGCCUGCAAGCUGGAGGGUGAGCAACUGGAGAAGAGCCGCGAAGUGGGGCACCUCCAUGGUCAGGUGGAGCUCCUGCAGCACCAGGCGAAGGAGGCCAUCGAGCGCGAGCGGCAGCUCAGGGAGCAGGUGCUGCUGGCUGAAGAGGCCACCAGAAAGGCGCAGCACGCCCACGGCGAGGCCAGCCGUCAAUCAGAUCAGGCGAUUCAAGAGUUGCAAGAUCAAGUCGCUGAACUUCGGGCCGAAGUGCUUCAGCUUCACGACAAGCGGCCCUUCACGGGCAGGGAGAUCCAACCCAAGUGCGCGUGCACCGUGAUGUGAGCUUCCGACCGUGCAAAGCCGCGAGCAGUG